GGUCCAGGGGCCGCAGAAACCGAAAGUGCGGUGUUUUUAGGCGCCCCACUGAGAUUGAUUCACCUUCACCUGUGCGAGCCCUAGUUGACCAGGUAGGAAACCAGACAGGCAGUAAAAUAUGAACGGAAGAGUGGAUUGUUUGGUCACUGAGGAAGAGAUCAAUCUUACCCGAGGACCCUCAGGGCUGGGCUUCAACAUCGUCGGUGGGACAGAUCAGCAGUAUGUCUCCAACGACAGUGGCAUCUACGUCAGCCGCAUCAAAGAGAAUGGGGCUGCGGCCCUGGAUGGGCGGCUCCAGGAGGGUGAUAAGAUCCUUUCGGUAAAUGGUCAAGACCUAAAGAACCUGCUGCACCAGGAUGCUGUAAACCUCUUUCGUAAUGCAGGCUACGCUGUAUCCCUAAGAGUACAGCACAGGUUACAGGUGCAAAAUGGGCCCCUAGGACAUCGAGGUGAAGGGGAGCCGAGCGGCAUUCCCAUGCCUGUGGUGCUGGUGCCACUGUUUGCCCUCACCAUGGUGGCAGCCUGGGCCUUCAUGCGAUACCGGCAACAACUUUGAACAGCUCGCUUCCUUCCAGUGCUCCUGAUGAAGAGAACAUUUCUUCCUUUCUCUCCUCCUCCUCCCCUGCCAUUCUCCCGUCUCUUGCCCUCUCUCUGCAUAGCUCACACAUGAUUUAAAGAGACUGCUUCCCAACCAGAACCUGGCUCUUCAAAAUCUUCAAGUCCUCGUAUUCUGAUGGGAGAGUAGAGGCAUUGUUUGAAGGAAAGCUGAAGAAAGACUUGCUUAGGACAAAUGAGGAGUCAUAUGUUUUACUAGGACCGCCAAUAGAAUCAGCUACAACCAAAGAGGGAAAAGUCCAGUCUUCCCGUCACCAUGGUGAUACCUGUUUUCUUAGCUGGCUUGCCUCAAAGGCCAGCUGUGCGAUAUAAGAGGAAGAGAGGAUUUUUCUUUCUAAUGAUCUUCCUUGGGAAAUUUUUUGGCCUUUAUUUACUUUCUAAUGACAUACUUGGGUGCCUAUAUCAAACAAAAUACAAUGAGGAGACCAUUUUUACUUUUUAAAAGAUAUAUAUAUAUAUUUAGAUAUAUAUAGAUAUAUAUAUAUUUAUACAUGUAUACACAUAUGUGCAUAAAUGAUAGUAUAAUAGUGAAGCCUUAUGGAGAGUUAAAGAGGUAGAAACCUGCUCUGGUUUCUAGAUUUCUGGUGGAAGGGGUGAUCUUAAUUGAGGGGGUAAGAGAGUGAGCCUGACAGGAUGCCCAGUUUGAGUCAUAAGAAAAAGGAAGGAAAACUGAAGCAACUAGUUUAAAAUCUUAGAAUUCUUAUUUCUCAUAACACUUAAGGUGAAGUUGAGGCAAAAUGCCAUAAUCCAGCUUAGCGCAAGUCAAUCUGUCGGAAAACCUUUGCGGUUUAGAGAGAAAUCUUACAAUCUCCGGCCUACCUAGUGACUUUUUGGAUACCUCACAGCCUGUGAAAGGGUCGGCUGGAGUGAUUGUGGUCAGAGCUGUAGUGACGGGGACAAAACGGCCCAGUGAAAACCCCACAAAGGAAAAAGAUGGUGCCUCCAAGGUGGUGCCUGAAUCCCCAGACUGCCAACACGCCCCCCAGGGCUAAUAACAGGCAAACUCUGAGCGAGGGAACUGCUCUUGGCCGGGUGGGCAUGAAACCAGUUUUGCUUCUGACUCAGUUCCGUUUAGAGAGUUUGGAUUGCUAGUUUGUAAUUAUUAUUUCUUUUUUUUUGAAAAAAAAAUAACAAAAAAAACACACGAAACACUGGUUAUGGUUUUAAUGAAUGAACCAGUUUGCAGGGAAGGGGAAGAAAUGAGUUGUUUGUUUUAGGGCGGAGGGAACUUUCAUAGGGAAACCUUGAGAGCAAGAUGCAGGUGAAUGGAUGCUGGGGAAUACUGAGGUUGAUAAUGAGGUGGAACCGUCCUGUGGAAGUGGAAUUGAAGGGUGGCUUUAAAGCAUUAAGGAGACCUGAACCAAGACUAAUUUUCUAGCUUUAAGAAAAACAUUUCCAUCUUUCAAACAUAUCAGCUAGACUGUAGGCCUUAUACAUACAAUCUUGACAAACAGAAUGUGAGGUCUUCCCCUUGGGCAAUCAGUUGUGUCUAUUUUUGGGCAUAGACGAUCUAACAAGUAUUUUACAAAUGUUGAUUGGACAGCAGCUUUGUUAAGACACAUUUACAAAGAAAGAAAAUACAUAUUGCCUCCAUCCUAAAGGUUUUUUUUGUUCCAGUUGGGAACCAAACCUAUAUACAUAAAAAGGGAAUUUGCAUAGUCAGGGCAAUGUAAGUUUGGUGUCAAAUGUACAGUGCAUACAGCAAAAGGGAACAGAACUGAGCUACCAUCACUGAGAACGUUCCUGGAGGAAGGGGACAAGCUAAGGACCCUUGAGGAGCUCACAGUCUAGUUAUCAGGUUAAGUAACAGUUGAACACAAUAAUAAAAGAAAUGGUACUCGGCACAACACAAUGCAGCCAUCACACUUUUUUAAGGUAUUCAGAAAAAGAAAGCCAUUGCAUAAUGACAUGAGGCCAGAGUGGAAAGGGAAGGCUUUUAAAAAUCCCAGUAAGACCUUGCCUCUGGGUCAACUGUUCCUGUAGGGAGAAACUUGCUUUAAACAAUCCUGAUGUGACUUACGCCUUUAAACCUUAACUGGUCACCUAGACGCUUGGCAUUUGUACAUUCCUCAGAGAAACACUGACAGUAUUCCAGUUCUCACCCCAACUGCCCACUGUGGGGGCUCAGCCUCGGGGUCUUCCUUGUACCUGGAGUGUGUGUAGCCGUUUCACUUCUGUAGGGGCCUGCUGGCCUCCCAGGGUUCACCUCAGGGUGUGCACAUUAACUCGUGGGAGGACCUGAGACACACAUACCAAACGAAGCAAAGGGGCAAGCAGGAAGGAAAGCUCUUUUUUUUUAUUUGUUGGUAUAUAUAAAUAAAGAGAACACCUAUCCCACUGCUGGUAGAAGUUUAGCUUUGGUUGAUAAUAGGGAUUCUGAUGCAUUUUAAUAAUUUUGGCUUUCCCUGGAUUGAAAUAGCAUUUAAAGAUCAAUAUAUUGACAUUUUAGGCAGGUGUGCUAUACUUUUAUUUCAUUCUCACAGUGGUUCUCAACCUUCUGGCCCUUUAAAUACAGUCCUCAUGUGACCCAACCAUAAAAUUAUUUUCGUUGCUACUUCAUAACUGUAAUGUUGCUACUGUUAUGAAUCGUAAUGUAAAUAUCUGAUAUGCAGGAUGGUCUUAGGUGACCCCUGUGAAAGGGUCAUUUGACCGCCAAAGGGGUCGCGACCCACAGGUUGAGAACCACUGCUUUGCAUUAUCAUAGAUAAGAUGUCAGAAUCCAUUGUAGAUCUUUUAAAAAAAUCCAUGCUCUUUAUGAAUUGAAUUGAAUAUUCCUGCCACCUUAUAGAUUGUAUCAUUCCUACCUGAACUACUGUUUUCAAAGUUUUAAAAAAGUAUUAAGACCAUGUUCUUAGAACACUUCUCUAUAUCAUCCUAUCUUAUACAUAUAAUCCUAAAAAAACAUUGUUUGCUUCAAUUGUCUAUUUCCUUUUCCUGCCAAGUUUUAAUCUGUGCUAUUAAUUAAUCACACCUUCUAGUCAUGCGUAAUGAAAAGGGAGAUUAAUAUUUGUUACUGCAUUUGUGCCAGGUACUGUACUAAACCCUGAUAGGUAACACUAAUUGUUCAUGCCUCACAACUCUGGGAUCUAAGUAUUAUUAUAAAGACACUAAAGAAAAGAGAGUAAAAUUACUUUCCUAAGAUUGCAUAGAUGGUAAUAACAGAAUCAAGAUUUAAACUCAUGUCUUCAGGUGCCAUGAUCAGUGAUAUUUCCUCACUGGCAGUGGCUCUCAAACUGAGGUCUGGUUAAAAGCAUCACCAUCACCCAAGAACUUGCUAGAAAAGCAAAUUUUUGGGCUUAACCCAGACCUAUUGACUCAGAAACAGUAGGGCACCCAGCAAUCUGUAAUAAUACCUCCAGGUGAUGGAUUUAGCUGAAGUUUAAGAAUCACUUCUGAAUGCCAAUAAUUGUACCCAUUUUCUCAGGUUAGAAUUACCUGGAGAGCUUAUAAGAAUUCUGAUGCCCGGGUUGUAUCUAGGCCAAUUCAAUAGAAUCUCUGGGUGUGGAAGCCAGGCACCAUAAAAUAAAGUUUACCAGGUGAUUCUAGUUGCAGUGUCAAUAAAAAAAACAAAAACAAAAAAUAACAACAAAAAAAUCCACGAAACAAAAAACUCUAUGGCAUUUAAACCUAGACACCAUUUAAGUUACAUACAGACAUGGCUCCAGCCAAAAAUGAGAAUUUCACUUGGGCCUUUUUAUUUUCUUAAAAUAGAAGCUUAUAUUGCAACUUUCCCUCUACUUUUAUUUAAAAAAUAUGUUUUUAUUGAUUUUUAGAGAAAGAGAGAGAGAGAAAUAUCAGCGAUGAGAAUCAUUGUGACUGCCUCUCCUAGGGAUCGAGGCCACAACCCGUGCAUGUGCCCCGACUAGAAAUGAAACUGGUGACCUCUUCAUUCCUGAGUCAACGCUCAACUGCUGAGCCACGCUGGCGGGGCCAUUUGGGCCUUUUUAGAGCCCAGCUCUCCGUGAGCUUCUGCCCAAAGUAUAGAUGUGGAAUAAGAAGUGCAACAUGCUUUGGCUUCUGAUUUGCUAAUGACUGAUCAACCUCCAGCAAAAUGUGGUGUUUCAGGUUGUGCAUCUGUUAAAUCAGAACCAGACUGUAGAACACUGGAGCAGAAGGAACCAGAAAGAUUCUAGGAUGUAUUUGACUCAGAGAUGAGAACCUCAAGGCUCAGGGAGGUGAGCUAACUUAACCCAGAUCAUACACUUGCUUUGUUGCCUAAGUGAUCUUUCUGUCUCAUCUUUGUCUUGAAUGUAUCCACUACAUGAACAUGUACAAAACUCCUUCGUUUUUUUUAAGAAAAUCCCAAUCCACUUCCAUCUUCUCUCUGGGUCUUAAAUAAAAACCAAAGGAACUGACUGACUACACAAGUGUGUUGCAAGCUUCAUGCAUAAUUGGGAGAUGCCACAGAAUAAGCUGAGAAAGACCUAACAUCAAAUUCAAUUAAAUGAGCUCUUCUGAGACUAAUUCCAAUAGGCUAGAGAAGUGUGUUUUUUUGACAUUGGACAUCGUUUUUAUUGUGUAAACAGCAAGUUAAGAUAUAAUUUCAUGUGGAGCCAAUAAAGAUCUUAUUCUAGUCAAAUCUAAUCAAACUUAUCUUUGUACAGAUGAGGAUUUUCUUUUCCUUCAGCAAAUGAGUGCAUGCUGGGUGCUGAAGAUACAAGCUAAAAUUUCAUUAUUGGAAAGUGGUGGAGUAUUUAUUGGUGAUGUUGAUGUUAAAUUAUUUUUAUAUUAUCACUGAGAAGCAGAGAAUAUAUUGAAUUAUGAUACUCUUUACCUCUCAGCUAUAAGUUGAAAGGUGAUUAUGAUCUUGGGUAAGCCCCUUUUGCUGUUUCUCUUUUAUCUGCAAAUCUGAGAGACCAGUAUUUACAUUUAAAAGGGUAAUUGUGAUCAAAAGGGAGCCAGUAUUUUAAGGAAUUCUGUUCUGAUUGGAACCAGGUUCUUAACUGCCAUAAACUCUUGCCUGAUGUUGAUAUUUAUAUUUGGGCUGCAAAGCACCUAAGCUCUUACCUGAUGCACUUGAUGAUAAUAACAUAUAAGAAUGCAUUGCUGUGUCUAAGGAAUCAAGUUAUACCAAACAUCAGGUCUUGUUUCUCUAAAUGUUGUCCUUACUGUUCAUGUUCUUUUUGCUGAGUGAAAAGGGAGAGGACUGGAUAAUGUUUUCAGAUGCAAAUUGAUCAUUAACAGAGUCAUGUACAAAAGAACUCUGUAGUUACUGUAAUUAUUAAAUGUAUUGACCAAUCAGGAAAAUUGAAUAAUCCUUAGUUUGCAGAUUGGCAAAUGGAAUCACAAUUCCAUUUUAAUUCUGUAUCUGCAAUGCUGAUUUGAAUAUGAAAUUCUUAUUACUGGAUAUUUGUGCAUUUUACCCCUGGGCCAUAUUAGUUCUUGUAAGAUUAUUUUCCUUAUGAACCUUAUUUUAUUUUGCUUCCUUUCUACUUUGAUCCUAGUGUCACAUUGCAUGCCUGGAUCUAAAUAGCAAGUAGAUGCCCUAUAGCAUCUUGGGAGAUACAUGGGCAUAAAACUACUUCUAGGAAAUAUAACUACAAGUUAAAUAUGUUAGUGAGGCCAUCAAAUGGAUAAUAAUUUCCUAAGCUUUGCUAUUUGAUACCAGAUAGAGCAAAUGAGAUCCUAGUGUAUCUAACUGUGCCUCACUCAAGACUGGCAUCUAAUAAAAACUUGUUGCAUUUGU